AUGGAGCAGAAUAAACCAAGCCAGCCCAAGCCCAGCCAGCCUGCCUGCAGCCUUCCCCACGCCGGCACCUCCAGAUCUAGUCCCGGCCUAUCGCAGCCUCGACGGUUCGAAGAAUCCUGGGUUGAAGUCGCCUCUCAACCCUCGUCGUCCUCGCUUUCCAGCAUUGGCGACGAGAUAGUCACCACUGGCCUAAGGGUCCGAGGUCUGCACAAUCCUCCUCGUCGUCGUUUACAGCCUCCUGCGCGAUCCCUGCCUCGACAGCAGACAGCCGUGCCUGUUGCAGGCACCAGCAGCCAGGAUGAGUCUGAUGAAAGCGACAGCGACGGCAGCGACGGCAGCGACGGCAGCGACGACGGCGGGCUGAUGGCGAGCUCCCCGGAACACUCUCAAGCUGCCGCCGACGUUGCGGACCGCGUGUCCGACGCCGACUCCGACACAGACGGCGAUGAUGCGACGGCCCUCGGCCGUGCUUCGAACAGACCCGUGUUUCGGCCGCAGCCAAAUGCCUUUUCUCACCCGUCGGCACAUGUCCCGCAGAGAAGCCAUUCAGCAACCGCAAGCAUGCCUCCCCACCCCCACAGCGGCUUCACGAGGCCCUCCUUCUCCCAAAGAUCCCAGACCAGAGUGCACCGCAGCGGGCCGUCAUUCAUGUCUCCGUCAGUUCGCGAGGACAACGACGCUGCUCUGCGCGCCUCCCUGACGACUCUGUUAUCGUGCGCCGCCGCGGCCAGAGGCUUGCCCAAAUCCAAAGAAGAGGCCGAGACCUGCCGUGCCAAAACUCGCAACGGCGUCGGGCCCAGCGACCAGCCCAUGGAACUCUGCUUCGUUCCCGAGUCCGAGUUGAUGAGCGAAAAGACGACACACUCGCAAGGGCCCGGGCCCGGGCCCGGGCCCGCAUCCCCAUCUCGGAGACGGAACUCGUCCACACAGUCGUCGACGCGAGAGGACGCCUCAGCUGGUAGGGUCAAGAGAUCCGUCUCGGCCGGCCGCCAUCACAGGGCAAGCUGCAAGAAGAAAAAGAUGGUCGCCCCUUCAGAAGAGACCUUCAUCUCUCCCACCCUGUUCACGUGGGCGGUCAGCGCUGGCGUCGUCGUCCUCGUGUCGGUAGUCGGCUUCGGUGCUGGCUACGUGAUCGGACGGGAAGUCGGUCGGCAAGAAGCGCAAGACGCCUUCUCGGCGAGCAUCACCGCCGCAAACGAGACAUCGCACACGGGUCGCGAGGUCAUUCGUAGUUCUGGCGGCUUUCGAAAGCUGCGUUGGGGAGCCGGCGCUGUUGGCCGCAGCAUUGUUGCACAGGCCUAG